UGCUGUGUUCAGAAGCAUGCAGUGCCAGUGAGGGUGAGGGUGAGGUGAGUGAAGGGCUGAAUUACUGGAACAAGCUCUAACGCAAUCACUGUGUGUCUACUGAGUUAAUGAGAAGCAAAGAAAAGCUGCGUGUAAGCUUAAACAGACGUUUACUCUUGGAUGCCUCUUCAAGACAGUGCUGGAGGGGAAAAGUAAAAAGAAAACAGAAACAGGAGGAGGGAGGAAUAUAAGUGUCAAUCUGUUCAAACUUGUUUGGGAAUUUGAGAAGGGCGGGAGGAGGGGACGAGACAGAGAGAGAGAGAGAGAAACAGAAAGAGAGAGAGAGAGAGAGAGAGAAACACAGUGAGAAACUUGAAAACUAUUUUUGAUUACAUGAACAGAUUAAGUAGGACAGAGACAGGCCGGAUAAUUUAAUCAGUGUUUUCAGUGGAUCAUUUAUCUCACUUGACUUUGGUUCUCUCAGUGGGCAAACACUGAUAUGUGGAAUGUCUAUGAGUUGUGCAAUUCCUGCUAGCUCCACUUUGUCUGGAAAGCAAAGAAAAAGAGGGGGAGAGACAGAGAAGCGUCCCCCAAGACACUUCUCAGGUUCUCUAUUUUGACAGACCAAGGACAUGGACAGACCAAGAGACAAAGAAAGAGAAAGGGAGCCAGCCUCAUAUGAUUGGACUAGGGAGAGGGAGAAAUUUCCUGCAACCAGAAGAAGAGAUGGAGAGAUUGACGGGAGAGAAAGAGACAGGCGGAGAGAUGGAGAUCGACAUGCAAAUGGAAAGUCAUCAGUGUCAGAACAUGCUGAAUAUGGAGACCGAGUCAAUGAGAGAAAAAAGGGGGACACUUUUCCAAGAAUGACAAAACCAAGCAGAGAUGGAAGGAUGCCACUUUCAGAAUAUAGAAGGGAGCAUCACUUAGGAAGACAGAAAGACAUUUUGUAUGAAAAUGACAGAGAGAGGGAAAGGAGAUACAGAGAAGUGGACACGCAGAGUGAAAGAGAAAACACAAGAUACAGGGAAGAGUUGAAGAAAAAUGAAAUGAGAAGGCCCGUGAAGGAGGAGCCAGAGAGACGAAGGGAACGAGAUAAUGAGUUUGACUCUGGAAGGAAAGAAAGAAGGAGAGAAAGUCACACAGGGGUGGUUGAAUUUUCAGGCAUGAGGGAAAGAGAGACAGACAGAGAGAGAGACAAACUUAGAAAAAGAGACAGAGAAGACAGGUAUUAUCCUCGACUCGCGGAACGAGAGAUGGAGAGCUUUUCAGAUAGGGAAAUGAGGACUGAUAGACAGAGAGAGGGAGAGAGAUCUAAGAAAAGAGAUACAAGAAGUGAAGGAGACAGUGAUGGAGACAGGGUUAAGGUAAGGGAGAGAGAGGAUGCUAAACAUGGACACAAACCUUGCAAGAGUGAAGGAGACAGUGAUGCAGAUCGAAGGGUACAAAGAGUUAGAGAGAGAGACAGACGUAGAGAUAGAGAAGCAGAGAGACGGCAAGACGUGGUGAUGCCAAGAGAAAGAGAUUACCGGGAAGCAGGUUAUCGUGAUCCAAAAGGUGAAAAUUUGGAGCGACUCAGAGAGACUGAUAGAAUUAGAGACUCCAAAGAGAAAAUAAUGUACAGAGAUGCAUACUCAUACACAACUGAGAGGGUAGGGUAUAGAGAUAGGGAUAGGUAUUCUGAAAGAGAGAUUGAAGCGAGGGAGAGGCGAAGGAGAGAGAAAGAGCGAAGUAAAAUGGAGAAGAGUAGCGGAGAGCUGAUUUCAGGAAGUGUUGUCGAGAAUGAACAAAUGAGAGAGAGCCCUAAUGACAGAGAGCGAGAAAACACUUUUGAGAUCGAUAAAGAGAAACUGACAGGAAGAAACGAGGAAGAGCGAGAAGUAAAGACUGCACUGAGGGAAGAAGACACUGAGGAAGCAGUUGAAAAGCCAACUAAGAUCAGGAUACGGAAAAUGUGGCUGGAACCUCGAAGUGAGAAGAAAGAAUCCAGAGAGAGAGAGAGAGCUAGAGAGAUGUACAACCAAAGAUACAAAGAAAGUGGUAAAGAAGAAGGACCUGAGGGAAAGAAAGAAAACAUGAAAAGGAGCCUUGAGGACAAGUAUAGAGAGCUUGAAAGGGCUGGGGAGUUCAUGAGGGAUGUGGAUGUAGAAAGGGAGGAGAAAAGCACGGAAGGGAACGUGGUUUGUGAAGGAGAAGCCCUGGAAACAGAGUGGCAGGUGGAAAUGGAGAAUGCGACCGAUGACAUGGAAGAGGAAGGCAACAAUAGACACGAGGACUUGGGUAACGGGGAAGGAAGUGAGGGCGAAUCGGAACAGGAGAAAGACAGAAUGAUGUCAGCAGAUGAUGGAUUUGUGACCGUCUCCAGUGGUGGGGAUGAUGCUGAGGAAGAGAAUUUUGAAGACUGCAAAGAAUACUGGGAUGGUCGAGUUGCUGAAGAUGAAACUGCUCAGGGCAGAGAGGUCAGAGAAGAUGAAGAACUGGAAAACCAAACGUCGAACGAGAGAGCGGGUCGUAGGCCUCCAAAAGGACCCCUAAAAGUUUUUUGUGUGAUUGGUCAGACCCUUCCCAAGUCCCAAACCAAACAGAAUGCAUAUGUGGAUACUACUGUUGAGGAAGCAGACAAUCAGCAUUCAAAUCAUGAUGGGGACAACCAAGGUGAAAUGAGCACUGCAAAUGCAUUUGAAAAGAUUAAUGAACAAGACAUUGAAAGAGCGAUUGAUGACCUCACUCUUUCUACUAAUGAGGACAAAGGGGAGGAAACGGCAAUUAAUGACCUGGCAAAAGAGGGUGUAACAUCACUGGAAGGCCAAACGAUUAUUUCCAAUGAGGCAUCAGAAGAAGGCACCCAACUCUUCCCAACACAGCCUUCUGAAACUUUAGGGCCAUGCAAGGAUAAUGGUCAUGGGGCUCCAGAAAUUUAUAUUCAGGACACAUUACAAGGAGGAGAAAAAGAGGCUACUGGAGAAACAGUGAAGCAGGUCGAUUCAGAUGACACAUGGGGCACAACCGAGGAACGAAAUCGAUGCUCUACUGCUCCUCAUCUUAGAUGGGCCAAGGACGUGGUGAAAGAGAUCCUGGGUCUGAAUGCGGUGGACACAGAAAAUACGAGAGGUAGUGUUACACUACACAUAGACAUGCAAUCCAACACACAAACAGAGGGUGAGAGAGAAAUGGACAAAUCAGGGGAAGAGGAAGAACUAACCGAGGGAGGAGAAAGACAGGGAGGGACGGAGAGAGAGUUGAGUGAGGAACAUGACCGGCUUGAUCCUAGCUCUAUCCAGCACAUUGUUUCCUUAGAAGGAGCGGCAGACAGGAAGGUAGAAGAACAAGUUUCUAAGAGGAAAGAUUGUAAAAAGGGAGUCGUCCUGAGCUCUAGUAGUUUUCAAGAUUUGGGGAAUGAGUCUCGCAAAAAGAGGCGAGGGUUCCGAAAGGCAGUGGAGAAAACCAAAGAAGAUGAAGAGAAUCAGAAAGAAGAGGAGGAAGAGGGAGAAGAAGUUGGAAGGGACCGCAGGACGAGAAUAUUCAACAUAUCAGAUAGUGAGGAGGAUGAAUUAAGUUCCACCUGGAGUGAAAUGGAUCUAAGGAAACUUGGGAGGACAAAAAAUAGGAAUUCUAAAUUCUACAACUCUCAGUUGUAUCAGGAAUACAGUGAGGUGGUCCAGAACCGAGAGAUCCUGCUGUCUCAUACUGAUUCGAUAUCAAUAAGUGGAGAUAUCCGUUCAUCUUCUUCUCCAAAUCAUUCCCCUAAGCUAUCACACAGACCUCUCCCACCUCUCCCUCAAAUCAUCCACCACACUCUGCCUCUAACCAACACCUUUAAAAGUCUCACUGUGCCUCAGAAAUCUUUAAACAGACCACCUUCCCCUCACCUGUCCAUCUCUGCCUCCUCACCCACACUGUGGCAGGAGCUCCCGGGAGUGAGGAACAGCCCAGAUUUUGGGGAACUCAAUGAAGAUGCGAGACGUCUGCAGGAGGUGAGGUUUGAGGUCGUGACCUCUGAGGCAUCAUACUGCCGCAGUUUGGACAUCGUAGUGGAGAACUUUGUAAUGUCCAAGCAGCUCAAUGUUAUCCUGUCUUCACAAGACAAAAACUGGCUGUUCUCCAAGCUAAGUGAAGUUAGAACCGUCAGUCACAGAUUUCUGUCUCACCUGGAAGAAACAGUAGAGAAGGACAUAAUGCACUUUACCGUCUGCAACAUCAUUAUCAAACACUGUCCAGUAUUCCGAAAAGUCUAUGUGCCAUACCUUACCAACCAAUCAUAUCAGGACAAGACGUAUCAAAGAUUAAUGGACGAGAGUCAUGAAUUCCGUAAAGUUGUGGAAAGGUUAGAGCGCAACCCGGUUUGUCAACGACUGCCUUUACGAUCUUUCCUCAUUCUGCCGUUCCAAAGGAUCACUCGCCUCAAACUGCUAGUGCAGAAUAUAGUAAAGAGAACCGCUCCAAAGACCAAGGAUGAAGCACAGGCCAUUAAGGCCAUGAAACUACUUGAAAAGAUGAUCCAGGAAAGUAAUGAAAGCAUCUCUCAAAUGAAGAACAUUGAGUCACUUGUGACUCUCAAUGCCAAAGUUGACUUUGAGUGUAAGACUCUUCCAUUGAUCAGUCAGUCCCGCAGACUUAUACGGGAGGGACCUGUGACUGAACUGAUAGACUUUCACCUGAGAGACAGGGAAGAUGAAAGAAGUGCUUAUAUGCACCUUUUUAACGACUAUCUCCUGCUCUCUUUGCGGAAGGAAGGGGGUAGGUUUACAGUUAUCGACCAUGUUCCUGUGUCAGAGCUGCGGGUUGAGAACUGCAGGUUCAAACUGCAUUCCUUACAGAAAAACCUAUUCCGUCUGCACAUGCCACCAAAAGCCUUGCUUUUGAAGACGGAAACCCAAGCUGAUAAAUUGCGCUGGAUAUCAGCACUCUCACGUCCUUAUCCUGAGGUUGACUUCAGUGCAGUUCAGGACUUUUCACAAAUGCAGUGCAUCCGAGCCUUUGCUGCCCAGCAGCCAGAUGAACUCAGUUUAGAGAAAGCUGACGUUCUAUUAAUUCACCAGCAGAGUAGUGACGGCUGGGUGGAAGGAACCCGUCUGUCAGACAGGCAACGUGGAUGGGCCCCCGAAUCUCACCUGGAGACAAUAGUCAGCGACAAAACAAGAAAGCGCAACCUGCUGGACACCAUGAAAAUUGCCACUGCUGCAUUGUGAAGCCAUAUGGACAUUCUUCAAGGUUCUCAGGCAAACUUAUUCAACCACAGUUUUUUUUUAAUGUUACUUUAAAGCCUUGUGUAAAAAGAGCUUCAAGAACUUUGGACUUAUGUGGGAAGUUUCUAUUUAUUUUGUGGAUGUACUCGAGCUGAUAUGGGUGAUGCGGGCGAUAUGUCCGCACCCAUGUCAGGGUACUCCACACCCUGAGAAAGACUCUGGGAUGAUGCUGAAUUGUGCCAACAGAGCUUCUUGGAUAUCUCAGUAUUUCUUGCAAAUGGCACAUCCAAAUGAGCAUCUAUGCAAAGUGUUUAUGUAAGCAUUGUGGAAAUCAGACCACCGGCUCGCUUUGUUUUCCCCUUUUAUGAGUGAGUUGUCUCACUGAGGAGCAAGGACAGCUGGAUAUAAGACGGUGAGAAAUACGGUCCUUUUCUCUUUCUGACUGGAGCGUCGUGGAGAAAGAGGAGUUUGUUGUGCUCAAGGACACAAGAUGCUAUUAGGACAAAUUUUAACAAAUUGUGAACUUUUCUUUUAACAAAUUGUGAUAAUUUUAUUCAAGAUCAUGAAUUAUACCAGGCUACUUAAAAUUGGGUGGAACACUCAUGGUUAUGACAAUGUAUAUAAUUUCUACAAUGUACAUAAUAUAGGUUUUUAACUUUAACGAUACAAAGUAUUAUGUUUUCAGGGAAUAAUUUCAUCCCUGUUCAAAGCAGAGUGGCAUAUCACUGUAAUAUGCGUUAAAAAAUAAACUUUUCACUUGUUUCCUGAAAGAACAUUUCAAAGUUUAGCAGAUGAGAUUUUUAGUUUUAUCAAAGUGCACUUUGAUUUUUACUUGUAAUUACGCAAGACCUUAAGGAAUAUGGAACAAGAACGAAAGAGAACAGAGGCACAGGAUUCAAUAGGAAAUCAAAUGUUUUAGUGUCAUCUACAGUGUGCAGAAUCAAUACGAAUUCAUUUCAUAAAUGUUUCUCUCAGUAUGACAAGAAAAGAUCAUACCAUAAACAGCUUCUUGGCUACAUGGGGAGAGAGAGAAAAAAAACAUAACAGUGAAAAAUGGCUUUAGGAUCAACUGAACUGUACAUGAAAUAUCCACAAAUUAUUGGUUCCUGAGGCAAAACUGAAAUCUACUUGAGCCCUGACCCGUAAUCAAAGGUUACAGAGUAAAAUGACAUUAAAAGUUCAAGAUAAUGCAAACAAAACAUUUAGGUUCAAUUAGUUAACAUUAGUUAAUACAUUCGAUUUUAUGAACUAAUGGAUUUUUUUAUUAUAUGCUUUUUUUCUAUUUUCAACCUUCUUUAGUGUACUAGGGAGCUGAUUGAGAUGCAUCCAUAGUAAAACAUGUGAAAAAUAGUGUUUUUGAACAUUCAAAGCAUGAAAACCUAUUCUAAUAGACCACAAAAACAAAAUCAAGACUUUGUAAAAGGGCAAAAUAGGUUAACGUUAUUUUCCACAAACAUUUUUAGCAUUAAAUGUUGUAUUAUGAGCAAAAAUGAACCAUGGAUAAAAGUGUGUUUACAAGUUAACACUAACCUACAUUAAUAUAUGCUCAAAAUAUUAUUCUUCAAAUUUAGUUAGGACACAACUUAUGUAUUAACUAACGUUAACAGACUGAAGCGUAUUACAGUGUUCCUGAAAACAUUAUCUGAUGGUAAGGAAUAGGAAAUUUGUGAUAGAGAAACUUGGCAUUUUUAUUAGCCACUUGGAGCUUUAAAUAUGUGCUCAAAGGAGCCAUGAAUAGUCUAACUCAAGCUCGCUGCACACUAACAAACACCCAACAUGCAUCCAGACAUAUACAGUGAAUUCGACAAACACUCAUGAGAGCUUCAGCACCACGUGAGACAGGAACUCACUGAUGCACCUCACACACACACACACACACCAUUAUGCGGAACUAGACUAGACCAGAACUAUUACCAACUGUUUUAACAUGUAUCGUCACUGAUUUACACUAUUUAAACUUUUCACAUGCUGAACAGUCAGUGUCGUCUAAUAGGAAUCAGGGCUUGAUUAAGGGAGACACAUGCACAAAGACUCCACAAAUCAAAUCCAAUGUGGUCCUAAUGUGAACAUACAGAUGCCGCUUGUGUAGAGUCGCACAGUGUUAAACCGGGAGGAGUGCGUGGGUCUGUGUGCACACUGUUUUAGUAAAUCCAACAUUUCAAAAGUCUGCAACACUUUCUUUUCGAUCAUCUCUUUUCAACGCAAGUUACAUUGGAUCUACAUGUCACCUAACUAUCAUUAGAGUAUAAGUAGACAGCUUAACAUCUGCUAAAACUUUAUUGUGAUGCUCCCAAACAGACAUUCUACUGACUAUAAGCAACUUUGCAACUAUGUGUCAACUUAUUCAAUUAACCCUAACCCCUUUACUACUAACACACUGCGAGCCUUAGCGCUCAAUUCCAAUUUAUUGCUCAGAUCCGCUGUUCACAUUGGCCAGGUUUGCGCAAAACUUUUGUGAUAUUUUUCUAAAUGUCGAUAAAAAACUAUUGCAAAAUAACGCUGUUUCCAUUAAUCAGUGUUAUGUGACUGAAACAGAAUUUUCCUCUUGCGAUAA